AGUUGACUUUUUCUGUUGUUUUUGUUGUUCUUUUUCCAGGUUAUCAAACGUCAACAAAUCCAUAUUUCGGUGCUACCGUUGGCCGUGUAUGCAAUCGUGUUGGCAACGGUCGUUUCACGCUGAACGGUCAAGAGAUACAGGUCUCUCGUAACCUGAACAACAAACACCAAUUGCACGGCGGCUUUAUUGGCUUCGACAAAGUCCACUGGCUAGUGGUGGGCCGACAUCAAGACGGUGUAACACUUCAGCAUUGUUCACCGGAUGGCCAUGAAGGAUAUCCGGGCGAAGUAACCGCAACAGUCAAAAUCUCAUUGACCGAGGACAAUUGUCUACAUCUGCUGAUGCAGGCAAAGACGACCAAAACAACGGCUGUCAAUAUGACAAAUCAUAGCUAUUUCAAUUUGGCCGGACAUGCAGCUGGCAAGGAAGCCAUCUAUGGACAUGAGGUAAUGAUUAAUGCUGAUAAAAUAACCGAAACCGAUGAUGACUCUAUACCGACUGGUAAUUUUACACCUGUCGAAGGUACCGCCUACGAUGUAAGGAAGAUGACCAAUCUGGGUGAAGGCAUAAAGAACUUAUUGCCCACCAAUGGUUAUGAUGAUAACUAUUGUGUGGAUAAAAAUUAUGAUGGCAAUCGUAUUAAUGUUAUUGGAAAAGCCUUUUAUCCCCCCAAUGGCCGUUGGUUGGAAAUUGCCAGUAAUCAACCUGGAGUACAAUUCUAUACCUCGAAUGGUAUGCCCGAUACUGAAAAGGGAGUGGCCCCCAUUUAUGGCAAGAAUGGUGCUCAAUACACUAAACAUGGAGCCUUUUGUCUAGAGACUCAAAAGUAUCCCGAUGCUGUCAAUCAUCCCAACUUCCCAUCGAUCAUAUUAAAUCCGGAUGAAGAAUACAACCACGAAGUGAUUUACAAAUUUGGCAUAUGUCGUAACACUGGCUGCUCUAAACAUUAGG